CCUCUGAGCGUUCAGUCGCCUCAAACCGGCUCUCCAGUCGAGAACGGCCUCUCCCGUGUACAGGGUGCGAGUAGUGUUCCAACAAUUUUAACAAAACUGUCGAAGUCCACACGGCAUCGUACAAGUUCACUAAAUAUCGUUUAGUAAAAUUGCCCUGGCAAUUAUCGUGAUUAACCAUCUUAACGACAAUGUACAUGGCCCAGGGUCUGGCCAAUCUUCGGAACUGUUGUCAUGUGUCUUGUGAUGAUUUAUCAACGAUUAACUACAAUUUAUUCACUCAUUGUCAGUUGAGAAUUCGCGUCAGUGCCGGUUACGCGUAAAACUUGAAUAUUAUCCUCGAAGGAAUAGAGGAAAAAAAAUAUAAGUUUGUUGUUUCUCAUUCAAAUACCGUGAGCACACAAAAUCGUGUUUAUUUUUUUUUUAUUACAAACUCAUUUCGGAGAAAUAAAUACAUCAGGUGUUUAAUUAAUAUCGACGAGCCACUGGCCAAAUAUUUGAAGUUCCGUCAUCUGGUAUUGUCGGAGAAAUACCUGAGAUAGUUGAGUGAUUAAUAUAACAGUGCAUCCCCCCAUCAUUGACAUUCCCCCCUUCAACCCUGUCUUGGAUUAUUUCAACACAAACACAGCAAAAUGCCGGUACCAGUGUGGGACUCAACAGAAAUUGGUCUGCUGGAGGAGCCACUGGACACAGUCCUGUCGGACGAUAUAUGGAAAAAGUUUGACUUGGAUUCACCUCUCGAUAUGUAUCCACAUCAUCAUGAUCGUACAUACGAGGAUAAUGUACAAUCAGAAUUAUAUGGCAAAGAUACAUGCUAUGAAUCACGUAAAAUACGCCAUCACGAUUGCAUGUGGGCGGGUUUAUGUAUAAGCAAAGAGCACAACAGGACAUUACCAGCUAAAAAAGAUAGUCAAGUCCAUAGAAGAGUACCAGCCGGUCGUAGUUUAUUAAUAUCACGCGCAACACCAUCACAACAAUCACAAACACAUUAUCAACAACACAGACGUAAUGAUAGUUUAGAGAGUGAUGGUGAUUCAACGAGACCAGAAACACCACAGAGUUCAACAGAAUCUGAUACUGAGAGUGAGUGCGAUGUACCUAUAUUCAAACACGAUCAGAUCAGCAUCAAUGAGAAAUUGUCCGAGUGCAUGUCUAUGACCAAGGCCGCACCCGUUAGCGAGGUCACUGGACAGCUGGUAAGGAAGUGCACGGAGAGGAGGAAGGUCGCGGUCAAUGACACAACACACUGUAAUUCAUCGAGUACAAAUAUCGUGGCAAUGGAAACGGAGAUCAGACAUACAUUGAGUGAUCACUGUUAUCAUAUUAAUCAACCAAAUAUGAAGAGCAUGGAAAAUUUGGGAGUACAAACACCAUCCGAUUCUGGUGAGUUAGAAGAGGAGAUUGAUGUAGUGAAUUUUGAGAAACCUUGUAGACCGACAACACUGCUGAGGCAUCAAAAUUCAACGGAGCAACAAGUGUUUCGACGGACUGGUUUUAAAGAAAAACCCCAGCGAAGACCACGUGGUAGACCGCGAAAGGUCGAUGAUGAUGCAAAUCAAGCGAAACAAAAAAUUAAACAAGAGCAUGAUCAUGAAAAUCGUGAACCACAACCAGCGGCUAAACGCCCUAGACAGCGUGCAUACCAGCGUAAAACGAAAAUACCAAAAUGUAGACCACCAACACCUUUGUCAUCACCAAUGAAAUCAUCCUCAUCAUCAUCGAGAAGUUCAUCCGACGAUGAGCCAGAUGUACAAAAAAGAAAUCUUCACAAUGAUAUGGAGAGACGGAGAAGAAUAGAUCUGAGAAAUGCAUACGAGGAUUUACGACAAUUGGUGCCGGAAAUUCAGGAUAAAGAGAGAGCAGCAAAAGUUACUAUUCUACGACAGUCAGCCAAAUAUUGUUCAAUGCUCAGGGAGGAUGAUGAGACCAGUAUAACAAGAAUAUCUGAACUCCGUUCGCGACAGAGAAAAUUGUACAGGAGACUUCAACUUUUACGAAGACUGUUUUUAACGAUGAGAGCCAAAUCUGCAAAUUCACGACUGAUGAAGAGUGCCUAGCAACACCGUGUGAAUCCAAUUUUUUUGCUUUUCAAAAAAAAAGAAAAAAAAAUAGGACAUGACGGCACACACAGAGAAAGGACACCCGGAGCUGUCCCGAUUUAUUUACAAAAGAAACCUAGGUGCAACCGAGUGAGGAGCGAAACAGAACGAAAAGAGGGAGGGACGUGAGAUAGAGCACACACUUGUUCCCAUCUAUCAGUGGAUACCGUGGUCAUCAAACUCUAGUUUGAUUUAUUUUGUGUCCAUGCAAUUUUCCGAUUUUUCAUCGGAUAAAUUCCACCUUUUGCUGUCUAAUUUCCAUCGGUGGGGUAACUUCAUCUCAUGAUUUACCGCUUGUCAGUUUAUAACUUGGGGGACCUACCAACGUAUGGUGAAUAGACUGGAAAAGCCUAUAGCCGGGCUGGACCGGUUUGUGAGUUUCUUUCUUACAUUUAAAUUGCAGUUACAUUGAUAUGUACGGUAAUGCCAGUUGGCUGUCUGACACUCACUGAUUCUAUCGACAUUUUUCCUCUUCAAGUUCUGCUUCAUUCAAUGCCAUUACAGUCCACUUGUGGUUUAUCGAAAUGCCAAAGUCCAUAGCUGUGGAUUUUUUUUUAUUGAUUGCAAUAUUCUGGAUGGGCCAAAGUGGAUUAAUGCAGUUGGUGAGGUAAGAUGGAGCGCCUUGUACAUAUAUUUGUAGUUCACAGUGUAAAAAUAUGAGUUAAUUGAGUCAGAUGACAAUUGCGAGAUAUGGUAGAUUGUAAUUUUCGACGAAAUAGUGUAGAGUUCAAAAACUGUAAUAGAACGCGUGAUUUUAUUUUACAGAUUCUUGUUAGAUAUCUUAAUUACAAUUUUUUCGUAUAUAUAUACCUCUAAGUACAUUAAGAGAUAUUGGAGCAUAGCCCGGAAUAAGUUGUUACGAUCGUACGGGGAUUUGAACUCAUGGAAAAACACUCAAUUAUAGAUUAUGAAUUAAAGAACAGGAUAGAUUUUGAAGAUGAUGCGAUAUGUGUAAAUAUAUUUUUUGUACGUUAUUAAAAAAAGAAAAAUAGAGUGACGUUGUGAAAUAAUGAUGAAGAUAUUUGAAAUGCAUUUUUCAUUAACAUACAUCCAAAGUUUAAUCUGAGAUAUAGUUGAAAUAAAUCAUCUGUUUUUGUUCUUUACAUUUGGAAUAUUCAAGGUUUCUGUUGACUUUCACACGAUCGUACAACACACAUUAUUCAUUUAUACGUGAAGAAUUUUAUAAGUAUGAUAUACAUGUGGUUGAGCCACAGCUGAAUUUAAUUUGUGGUUUGUUUAUAAUUCGAAUGAAUAGCAGUCGCUGUGCGAUCGUUGUUCUUUCUUUCUUGAAUAACUUCAAACUAUUUGAAGGCAUUCAAUCACGUAUAUAAUUAUAAAAUAGAUUAACUAUUGAUUAAUUUCAUAGUUGUAUUGGCGUACAGAGAUACAGCCAAUAGCCUCCAUAGUGAUAGAUUAUGAAAAUGAAAAUGGUGGUAAAAAUAAGAGAUGAGCUUUAAGAUUUCAUUCUUCAGGUUAAUAUUUUAUAAUUUGUUCGAUUUAUUCUGGAAAUCUUUAUUAUGCACAUCUCUGGGCCGUAUCAUAUGUUUCAUGCGCCCUUUAGCCGAAAAAUUUGUUUAUUCUUUCACUUCACUCCCUCCAAUUCAAUAUUUACUGAAAAAUAGUUUGUUUUUGAUUCGCGUUAAGAAAGUUAUUGAGGUAUAUUUCGUUGAUAUUACUGAACAUUGAAUUUUCGAGUAAUUGCUCCUUUUCAGUUUGAAUGUAGUUAUUGAUAUGAAAGUUUAACAAGGAAAAGAAAAAUUGAAAAGAUAAAUUUAUGGUGAAAAAAAAUUUAUAAUCCUUCAGCCUCGACUUUCGGCGUAUUUUUUUCUUUUUCUUUCACAGUAAUUAGGGAAUUGAUUUGUUUUUCAUUUACGUUUUGUUUCUUUUAUUAUUAUUUUUUCAUUAUACAUCGAAUUUUACGUUGCAUGGCAACCGGAAGCCAUUGGACUUGGGUCAGUUCAUCGAACCUGAUGCGUGUAAACGAGUUGAAUAUCUCGUUUGGUAGAUCCGUAGGUGUUCUGUAUGUAGACACCAACUGAUCUUGGGGUCUUCCGUGUGCUUGCGCGGCCAGGAAUUACAUUUUAACCGUGUACACAUAUUAACAAAACGAACGUAUAAAGUUUUCAUUUUUAAAAGAAAAAAAACGUGUAUAGGUUUAUGCAUAUAAGAAGUAUAUGUGUUAUAUAUAUACAUAUAUAUAUAUAUAUACAUAGAUUAUAUAUUGGAGAAAUAUUGAGAAAAAAACAAAACAUGAGAAAAUUUACAAUGGUAAAAUACUAAAAAUUGAAUAGAUAAGUGUGAUAGCCUUAUUAUUGUUAUAUGAUUUCAAUUGUUUCUUACCAUUUUUAUUUGCUUUCGUAAUUCUUUAUACGACUUUAUCAAUAUUAUUAAAUAUAAUUUCAUAUGUAGUUAUCGACGCAUAAUUGCGAACCACCGAGAAUAAUAAAGAGUCAAAAUUUUCAUUAUUACGAUGCGAUGAUAUCACUACCUUAUCUCAAUCUAUUAAUCAACGAGUGGGGGGAAAAAAUUUCACAGAAAUUAUUAAUAAUUCGGUUGAAAGUGGUUCGUAUUGCGAGUGAGUAUGAGAUACGGGUGAGAGAAAAGGUGGAUGGUGAGGGGGGGGGGGAGAAACUAAAUGUGUUCAUUACAAAUGUAUGUAACAGUAUUCGUUUAUACAUACUUUUACAAGUGAGAAAGGAAGGGAGACAAAUAAUGCAAAAUGGAAAUACAAAAAGUAACAUUUUAAAAGGUGGAGAGGGGAGGAAAAAUAGAAAAGAAGGGCCGAAGGGGGAGGGGGAAUGGGGAAGUAGCAGAAAGGGAGGCUGCUUACCGUUGAGAAGGGGAACGGGAGAAAAAAAAAUAUGAGGAUAAAAAGAAAUGAAACGGUGGAAAGAAAGAGGCAGUGAAUACAAUAGCAUUACCGGCAAACAGGAAAUUCUAGGUAGGAGUACAAUAGUCUAGCGGAAAGACGGGCGACUAGUGAGAAGUUAAGGAGAUAGAAAAUUGUGCAUGUGUAUUAUUGAGAAAGAGAGGAAAUGAUGAGGGUAAAAGUGCUUGAGUUUAUGAAUGAACGUAACAGUACGAACCGUUUUUUAAAAUCUAUUCUAUCUUUUUUUUUUAAAUUUUCGAAUAACCGUAGUGUUGAUUCUAAGUGCGUGAAAAGACAGGAAAUAAUAUCUUUGGUAUCUUAUUAUCGGGAGCAUAUAUACGUAGAGUGGAUAUGAACACCAGUUAAGAAGUAAUUAACAAUACGAGGAAACCUGAAUCGCGACUCGAGUGCUUCAUGUAGCGAGAUUGUUAGUGCGUCGGUGAGCACCGUCCACUGGUGGAUUGUUAUCAGUGUCCGGAAAUUCAUUCUGCCAGUUUGUCGACGGCUUUACAUUCAAUGGUGAAAAAAAAAAAUUUCAUAAAAAUUAAUACAUUAUGAAAUAUCGUGAGUUUCGCACGGAAAUAAUACAGAACUAGAGUUCAAAUCGACGAUAGCAUUUCAGUGAAUUAACAUUCUUAUUCUCAUGAUUAUCCAAUUAAGGGUCGAUGAAAAAAUACUAUACAUUUUUUUUAAUUCAUUUUUUCACGUUUUUCUGUAAUUUUUAUAUUGGAUAGAAUUUGAAUCGCGCUUUGCUGUAACGAAGGCCGCAUUCUAGUACUGAGUAAUAGACAUUUUUUAUGUGAAUUUUAAGGGUUGUACAAAAUUAAAGCAUUUACAUUUUUCAAAACAUAACUCGUGCAUUGCUCAAAGUGUUUUAUUCCGGUAAUAUUGCGGUUUGAUCACUUUCAACCAACUCGGGGAUCUUUCCUUUCUCAGUGAUUCAAUCGACAGUGCUAAGAAUGAGAACAUCAAUAAGUGGAUUGAUUAGUUGAAUGGUAGUUUGAGCGAUCGCCGAUACAUCUUUCCUCUUCCCUUCCUCCUUUACCAAUGGAAAAUGGUGUCCAUUAUUUCGUUCCUGUUUUUUUCUCAUCUAAUUUUCACGGUAAUAGUCCAUGAAUCCUUUCAAUGCAAGAAAUUUUCACACAAAUAACCGUCAUUCUGGAUUGUUUGUGAGAAUAAAAAGGGGAAAAAAUUAACACCGUCAUCGAAAACAACGAUCUGCAGUAUAAAUCUCUUCUUCCAUCGAUAUAAGAACGUUAUCCACUAAUUCUUGUAUCGAAAUAAUCGAGAUGGCUUUUCAAAUAUUUUACAAUUUCUCCUUUUUAGCCAUCUGAUUGUCGCUGGAUGUCUUCGACAUUGAUUUGAAAUUAUUGAAAAAUCCAUCGCCAUAAAAUUUUCCAAAGGGUCUAGUUCAAGUACUGCUGAUCGUCGUUAAUGAUGAUUUUUUUUUUCUGGAAGAGUGCAAACGUACCUGCUAGCCACAUAGACAUUGAUAUAAAUUUAUAGUUAUAAUAAAUGAAUAGUGAAAAAAAAGAAUUAAGUAAUUAAUCAAGGAAAAAGUAAAAUCUAAACGGUCGGUGUAAUGUCAACUUUUUUUUCCUUUAACCUCGUAGAAUUAGGUAAAUUCAGUUUCGUUUGAAUUGCUCGCCAAAUUUGAUUUUUCAUUAAUCGGUUGAGGAAAAUACAUGUUUAUUUGUUAUUUUUCCAUUACGUUGUCCUAUUUUCGAUUCGUUAAAAAAAUUCAAUAAAAUUAUUGCGCUUCAAAACGCUCUAUUAUUGCUGUAUCGCUGAAUGAAAUUAGUUUCAGGUGCGCCCACGUGUCCUAGUUCGAGAUCAAAUGAUUUAUAACAUUAUUACUUUCUUUUCAUUUAUUCAUUGUAAUAAUUACACUCAUGUUUGGUUUGAUUUAUUGAUAUAUAUACAAAACGAUACGUUAUUGGAAAAUGGUAUUCAUUUCGAAAUAUGAUCGAGAAAUGGAUGUGGGAUGCGCGUUAAAAUUGCGUUGAGGCUGGGGAAAAAAACCCUUUUUUUUUUUCAUUAAAAGUGCAGUUUUGCCACCUUUUGUAAAUAUACUAUAAAAGAUUUAACGAGUUAAUUAAGCAUUAGAUUAAUGAUGGUAACAAUGCUUAACAUUUAAGAGAAUAAUAAUAAGUGAUAGAUGAAAAAACGUCGAGGUUGUUCAAGCAUAUGGAUGAUUGACAUAUAAUAUUAGGUUUUUUAUUGAGAGCAAAACAAUAUUUUAUUUAAUCCUUUAUUUUUAUACAUUGUAAGAGCCGAGGAACGGGCCUGAUUAUAGUUAGACAAAAAAAAUUCAUUCGGAACUAAAAAAGAUGAAAAAAAAAUACAACACGAUAAUGCAAAAAAAUCUAUCAAUAAGAAUGUAAAAAUACAUACGAUGAAUUGGUAUUGCCAAUGCUUGGCCUAAAAAUUGAAUACAAUAUAGGAAUUCAAAGCAAAUUGAAAAUGCGAAAUAAUGAAGCUGCGAUACAUCAAACUACAUUGUAAAAGAAAAUGGCGUGAAGUCCUUAUCACAGAGGGUUCAAAAUAUCCAGAAAUAGCAUUUUUUUCCAAUUCCUCACCCUCUUUGAUCUGAAAUCGUCACCAUAUUUUCCCCGCAAUGUACAGAAUCUCUUAUUUUUGUAAGAAAAAAAAGUGUUACAGAAAAAUAGCCGAAAAAUACAGCAAAAGGAGAAAGAAAAUGUUGAAAAAAAAUGUAACAUUCGUUUUAACUGACAACUGACAAUACCUGGGCUGAUUUGUUGUUCUUGCAUUAAGAUAUCUCGACGUUUCGGUUAAAACGAAAAAAAAAAUACCCCAGAGACUUAGUCGCUUUAACGGAACGGGCGAUUGUUCCUCUUAUGCUCAGUCAUAUAAAGCCUCUGAAAAUAAAAUGCCAAUUAAAAGUAAACAUUUCGUUUGUUAUUGUCCCCAUUUUUUACACUUAUUCCUCCCUUUAAAUACAGAAGAACGUGACUUUUAUUCACGGCUCACGUGAGAUGGAGCAAUCGUACUACCCAUUGUACUGUAUCUAUUGCUCUACGAUACCCAGGACAAUAUACACAUGUAUUUACCACAAAUUGAAGUGCAUGAUAAUAUUUGGAGACUGAAUGGAUAUCAAUGCUGUUCAGUCAUGUCUUUAUAAUUUUGAAAAUUUGUUUCCUCGUCAUGUAACAUUCAGAAACCUGUGCAACAUGCCUACUCAAGCUCAAUAAGUCAUUACGUCGUAAUUGGUGACUAAUAGUCCAUCAAUAAUCGAUUAAUAGCUAAUUAUUGAUAAUUCGUUUUCCUCAAACCUUCACGAAAGUUUCAUAUUUUUGCUGUGCAGUAGUGAUGAAGCGAAGACGAAGAAAAAUCAAUUGAGAAUGACAAAAAUUUUCACCACAAUUGCACAGUAUAACUGGUGAAAUUAAAAAAUAAUAAUAAUAAUUAUAACUUUAUGGGCGAAGGUUGGAAAAACAUUAUUCCAUCUGCAAGCCAUGAUGAGAUAAGGAACAAAUGAUACAAUUAAGAGUAAUCAAGCAUACCUCCAAUUACUGCUGUAAAUUUUUCGAUGCCUAACGUAUAGAUAAUUUUUACAAACUAAAAUUAAUCUAAACUUGUAUACAAAACAAUGAGGAAUAAGUGCUUCUUGCGUAAAAUAAUGGGAAAAUUCUUUGAGGUUUCAUAUGAAGUUUAGGGCUGCCAUUGGUUUCAAUUUCAUACGGAGAUAUUUUUUUGAAUUAAUUUCCUAUUGCAAAAAAUGAAACAAACAAACCGAAUUUUCUUUUAGUUGUACUUAAAAUAUUGUUAUUAAUACUUGGAUUAUGUAGCGGUCGAGUCUUUCAAGUUUCCAGACGAGAGGAGACGCGAGGUGAAAAUAAUGAAUGAGUAGCGGUGAAAGCUGCGAAACAAAAAUUCUAGGGAUCGACCAAACUUCGAUGUGCGCUAGGUCGAUUGCUCUCAGUUUCUGAUACUUGUGUCACUUAUUGGGAAGUACUCGAUUGAGUAGUCUCUCGGCGGCAUUGUUUGUAAGAAGACAUAUAUAUUUGUUGCGGACAUAAAAAGUGAAAAAAAAGGGAAAAAGCGAAGAAAUUUUUUUUAAUCAAAAAUGCUUAUUUUAUUAUCUUUAUUGUACGUUUUUUAAGAGACGAGAAAGGGUCGAACAGUUCCUUGACGUUUCUAUUUAAAAAUAUAUUACUAUAUCAAUAAAGUGCUGUACAAUUUAA